AUGAAGAUAUAUAUUAAUAUUAUUGAAAAACCUGUUAUAACGGAAGAAUUAUUUGAAGAUAAUAAUAUAAUUAAGGCAGAUGAUAUGAUAGAAAAUGACAUACUACUUGAUUUGAAUAAGGAAAAUAAAGAACACCCUUCACCUUUAAUAUCUGUAACAGUAGCAAGCAAUUAA